ACAUGGCACCGGGCCACACACAUCUUUGGCCCGUAGACCUACCUACUGUUCUCCCUGUAACAGCAACAAAAAUGUAGUGUUGCAUUUUGAUGAGCGCCGCCAGUCGUGGAACUCUCUGCAGCACACACAUACACACACACGGUGUGCAGCGAACGAUUUGCGGAAGUGAGGUACCCCAUUCUGCAGCAGGUGACCGAGCAGCACAAUGAGACGUCAGUAGUCCCCCUCCGUAGCAUGGCCACGUCACGUUCCUCACGCGUCACAAGGUCAUCAGUCGGGCUCAAUGGAUUGGACGAGAACUUCUGUGGCCGAACCCUCAGGAACCGAAGUAUCGCCCAGCCGGAGGAGGGUCAGGGGUCACUGCUCCCCGGCAGCAGGGCCCCUCGCUCCCCCAAGAAGAGGCAGGACGCUCAGGCUGGGAGCUCAGAGAAACCUGGGGGUCACCAGGGAAAGAUAACCCACCACAAGGCCUCCGCAGUGGACAGGGAGACAUGGCCGAGCCCCAGGAAGAGGGGACUGUCCUGCUCAGAGAGAGAGAGUGAUGGGUGUGGGGGUUUGGACAAGGCUGAGAACUGUGAGGGGACGGGGAAGGAGACGUCGGGGACUGGUGGGAGAGAUGCUUCUCUGCCCCUCAAAAGGGCCAAAUGGUGUUCCCGUUACGGGGAGUCGCAGGGAUCCGAGGACGACCCCUCUUCUGCACCCCCCAAACCUGACAUCCACCCAUCCUCCUGCACCCCCCCAGCGACUGUCAAGGAGAACAGUGAAGAGGGCAACCCGCUCAGCCUAAUCUGCACCGCACCCUCUUCCUCUUCUCCACAGAACCUCAACAAAGAGGAAGGCGAGGAGGAGGACGACAGCGGCGGCCAUGUUGAGAGCGACGGCCAUGCUCAGCAGCCCCUGAACUCCACUUCCCAUAAUCCCCCUGUUCCGCCCCAGAACUCUAACUCCCAUAAAUCCUCUACUGAGCUGGGACAGACCAGUGGUAGCCUUGAUGCUCAGACAAUCUCACUGGGUUCCAGCGAUGACGUCAACACCAGCUGUCUUGGUCCAGCACUGCUGAACGGCAGCCAGAUGGGCGCACCCUGCCCUUCGCCCCCAGACCCCAUAGUGCCUUGUAGAAACUGUCAUCCUGUGCAGGAGGAGGAGGAGGAGGAGGAGGUUAGGGACUCUGGGGAGUAUUCUGCUCCUCCUCUGGCCUCCUUUGAAGAGGACUCCUCCACCCCACACCUGUCAGUCAGGGAGGAGGAAGUGGAGUUGGAUGUAGUGGAGGACUUGGUGUGUCGGGAGGAGGAAGUGACAGCGACCGAGGAGGAGGAGGAAGAGGAGGAGAGUACCAGCGGGAGAAGUAAUGGUUGGCCAUUGGUGCAGGAUGCUGUUGUCACCAGUAUCAUCAACGUAAACAACAACAACAUCCCAAACAACAUCAACAACUCAGGAGAAUCCACCAUGCCUUUGCUAGCCCCACACACCCCCUCAGAGCCCCCCUGCAUCCCUUCUGUCUCCGACACUUCGCCCCCGUCCUUCACCCAACCCCAUGAACACCAAUACACCCUGAGGACUUCGCCCCGGAGAGCUGGGGCCCCGUCGUCCCCCAAACCCUGCUCUCCUCCCAGGGACCCUCUCCGGGACAACGGCCCUCUGAGAGAGGGGAUGGAGGGAGCUUGUCGGAGGCUGGAUUUAGACGCUACUCUGGCUACAUCUACCCUUUCCUCAGGUCCCUCCAGCACCCAGGCCAGGGGAGGGUCUCUCCCAUCUCUUCCGUCGGUUCCCAUGGAGCAGGGAGCCGGUGGGGACGACAGGGACAGGGCAGUAGGGGAUGGUCAGGACUACGGGGAGCUCCGAGAAGGCCGCCGGGCAGCCAGUAAGGAGAUUCCGGGAGGAGGAAAACAGCAGCAGCAGCAGGAGGACGAGAAGCCGGUGGAGGACGAGGAGGAACCAGAUGUGUAUUACUUUGAGUCGGACCACCUGGUGCUCAAACACAACAAAGACUACCAGAGGUUACUCCAGACUGUUGGUGUGUUGGAGGCCCAGAGAACUCAGAGUAUACUGGACUUGGAGCGUCUGGCCAGACAACAGAGAGAAGCUCUCCAAGACCCCGUCAGCUUUGUGGAGCAGCUGCAGAAACAGGUGGAACUGGGCAUGCCGCGGCCCCAGAGAGUGGUUCAGCUGCCAGACAUCUCAUGGGACCAGUACACGUCAGGGCUGGGAGACUUCGAAAGGGAGUUCUGUGACAAGAAACGCAAAACCAGGAGGCUCAAACUCAUAUUCGAUAAAGUCAGAUUACCAGACCGACCAAUCAGCCCCUUGGAUCCCAAGGACAAGGAGGUGAAUCGUCGACCCUGUACUCUGCUCUGCCCUCUAGUGAUGCUCUGGAGAACAGCAACUCACAG